GUCAAGAAUAGUGCACGUCACUAUGUUUUGAUAUGUCGGUUGUGUUGUAAUUUGUAAUAGAAUUAUUUAUCCGAUUUUAAAGAGUUUAUAUAAUACUAAAAACUUCUUUAAAUUGGCUAGUAUUCACUGAAUUGUACGUAUUUGUAGAUAAUAUUUAUUGUAAUUGGUCAUCGUUUGUACUAAAAAGAAGAAUUGACUGGACAUCACAAGACAACACAUUCUCCACUAAAUAUAUUUUUUAAUAUAGUAACUUAACAUCUACUCCUCAAAACGGCGGGUAGAAGCAAUAUGCGUCGCGCCCGGGAUGGGUACGCGUACCAGCCAAUACCAAGAGUUGCUACAGAUGAUGUACUUGAAAAUGAAAAUGAGCGAAUGGCAGAAGAACUCAGUGGAAAGAUCAGCACAUUAAAGCACAUGACGAUACAAAUCGGCGAUGAAGUGCGAUACCAAAGUAAUAUUUUACGAGGGCUCGAUGAUGAUGUUGACCGGAGUUCUGGCUUCCUGGGCAAAACUAUGGGAAGAGUGCUGAAACUGGGAAAAGGAAAUCAUAACUAUUAUAUAUUUUAUUUGUUUUUGUUCUCGAUCUUUGUAUUCUUCCUACUUUAUAUUGUUUUGAAGUUUAGAUGAUCUGACAUUGUACAUCCCUCUGGUUAUAACAUCAUUUAAUCCCAAUAUAUUUAUUAUGAUGGUCCCAUUGUGAUGUAAAUAAAUCCUGUAUUAUAUU